AUGUGGNCACUUAACCUGGGUUGCAAGCCUGUGAGAACUUCCAGAAGCGAUCGGCACAAUAACCCCAGGACAUACCUCUCUCCUAAAUAUCAACCACCCCCUUCUAUGUCUCUCAAACCUGUUGUUGGAAAUCCAUUGAACUAUGGCAAAGUCACAGCUUCUGCGGUGUCACCGAUUCCCCUGCCAGAUUCUACCCACCAAAGUAGCAAGCUGAUGGGUUCACCUAGCUACCACUUCUCGGAAGGUCUCCCUUCUGCCCAUCACCAGCCAUUGACAAUGGAAGCUAGACCCUCGUUGAACUUGGGUUCAGUUUAUCCCUUGUACUACGGUUAUGAAGCCAGAGAACCUCAGCCAAGGACUACUCAUCGAGAUACAACGUGCUCCGACACAAUCUUUGUUGGAAGGCCAGUCGUUCAAGUCCCGGAGCCUUCUGGAAUUGGUAUGUGGCAAAGCUAUUCCAAUGGUAAGUUCCGUCACGCUGCAAGCAGAUUGGCAGAAGAAAAUGCUUUGGUCACUCAGGGGGUGGCACCAGGCAGGGAAUGUGAUUUGUCUUUGAGGUUGGGUCAAUGCCUGCAUCCAUGUUCAAGCAGCAAGAGUAGUUCAGCAUAUGAAAUAGACGAUGUUGGUUUGGGAGCUUCACCCGAGGGCAGCAAGUUUGGUCAUCUGUCUUUGCAGAGAAACAAAGAAUUCUGUUUUUAUCCUAGAGAAAUGGGCUAUGGCAACAUUGAAUCUAGUUCUAAAUGUUAUGUAGAGGGAGACGAUCGGAGCUUAGAGGCAACUCUUCGGAAGCGCAAAGCACCUUUAGGUAACAACAUGGAGGAUGGGCAAUUUUGUCGGCAUCUAGGAGUCCCAUCCCAUCGGUUUACUGGUAGGCCAGGUUCGUAGGCAGCCUUUCUUGUAUCAUAUAUGCGUUUGCAAUUUUAGAUGAUCCUUAAUGUUGUGUAAUCCUCCUACAUAGACUCUAUGUGCAGCUCUGCUUGUGAAAAAUUUUAGAAUCUGGCGAUGAGUUA